AUGUCCCCAAAAGACCUGCCAAAGACCAUGAGGGCCCUCGUCAUCGCCCAGUUCAAGGCCGACCCGCCCUACGAGCUACGUGACGACCUACCCGUGCCCCAGCUCGGCCCAAAGGACGUCCUCCUCAAGAUCGCCACCGCGGGGUACUGCCAUACCGAAGUCAUGGUCACACGCGGCGACUUUGCCUCAAAGUCCCGCGCAGGCCUGCCCCUCAUCCCUUCCCACGAGCCUACGGGAACCAUCGUCGCCUUUGGACAGGAGGCAGAGGCGAUGGCCUCAGAGGUCGACGGCAUCGGCAACGACGGGCCGCUCAAGCUCGGCGACCGCGUCGGGUGCCUCACCUUCAGAGACUUUUGCGGCAAGUGCGACGACUGCAAGGCGGGGCAGCCAAAGUUUUGCCAGGACCAGGACAUGGUAGGCGUCACGGCCGACGGAGCCUGUGCCGAAUACAUGCGAGCGGACAUCCGAUCCUGCUUCCGCCUGCCCGCCAAGCUCAGCUUCGACGCCGCCGCACCGCUCUGCUGCGCAGGCGCGACCAUCUACACGGCCAUCAAGGGGUGCAGCCUACGGGCCGGCCAGCGCCUCGCCAUCAUCGGCGCCGGCGCGCUGGGCCACCUCGGCGUGCAGAUGAGCAAGUGCCUCGGCCUGCAGACCAUCCUCCUCGACGCCCGUGAUCCUCCCCUCGACAUGUGCCGCAAGCUGCCCUACCCGCCAGACGUCGCCUACAACUCGGGCAGCGUGGAUCCAAAGAACCCGAAGCAAGUUUCCAAGCUGCUCGAAGACAUCGGCGGACCGGUGCACGCCGUCAUCGUGGCCACCGACGUGAUUCCGGCCUUUGAGGUCGCCCUCGCCAUCCUGCGCAACCACGGGCUAUUGAUGGUCGUUGGCCAGCCCGAAAACCCCAUCCCCGUCUCGUACAACGACCUGAUCUUCCGCGACAUUACGGUCAAGGGGUCGCUCCUGGGCGACCCGGCCCUCACAAAGGAAAUGUGCGACCUGGUGGCCGACAGGGGCAUCGAGGUCAAGACGCAGGCCUACCCGCUCGAAGACGUAGAGCGCAUGCGCGCCGACUACGCCAAGCCGGGCCACAGCGGCAAGAUGGUGCUCCGCGUGUCGGACGGGGCCUGA